AUGGCAAACGAGCUGACGGAUUACCUGAUGGUACAUUACAUUUGGGAUAUUGGUAACUAUAUUCCCAAUCUAAUAUCAGUAUUCCAAAAGCUGCAGAAACAUUUCGUAUAUCUGCGGGUCGGCAACGCACUCGUAACUCCUCCGUUGCGAGUGUCCAUGGGCGGCGCUGAUUGCUUACCAUCAGCAGCCAACAAGAAGCCUUGGAGAUAUCAGCCGGAACCGGAAUUUUGGAGGGACCAACCCAGAUUAUGGUUUAAGCAACUAGAAGCCAUAGUAGCACCACAGAAGCAAGGAGACGAUUACAAGUACUAUACGGUCAUUGCAAAACUGCCAAAAGAAGAAAUAAUACAGGUUAGUGACCUCAUUACUUGCCCACCGCCAAUAGAAAAGUACAAGGCUAUCAAAGAACGCCUAAUCAGUUGCUAUGAGGAAUCAGACCAACGUCAGCUCCAAAAAUUAUUGUCUGAAAUGGAUCUCGGCGACCAGAAACCAUCACAUCUUCUGCGCAAGAUGCGGACCCUGAGUAACGGAAAUAUCAGCGACGAAACCAUCAAACUUCUAUGGUUGAGGCUUCUGCCACCAUCAGGGACUUCGGUUCUAGCAGUCACAGAAGACAUAGAUGUGAACAAGAUGAGCCAGAUCGCGGACAAGAUAUUAAUAAAUUCAACACGUACAGAGGUGUCAGCUAAGCUAAGGACUGUCGACAUAGGUAUGCCUACGGACAUGAAACAGCAUAUCCAUGUGACCAAAAACAAAGAAACGGGACGUUUGGAAGGCUUGCCAGAACCCUGGGCAAGAGUAUUGAGCGCACAAGAAACAUCUAUUGAAGAAAAUGAAAAUCCUUUAGCUCCUGUCACCGUGAGCUUGAAAGUUAUCGAAAAUAGUGAGACACAAGAGAAUAGUCCAUCUUCGUAA